CUGUAUUUGGGCGCUGCAAUUUGAAUAGGCAUUUCUCAUCACUGGCUUGCUGCUGCUGCAGUCAGCGUAACUCCCAGUCAGACAGCAGAACUGUGUACUGCACCUCUGUCAGCUGGGAAGAGAGAUCCCAGUCUGAGACAGACUAAUCUCUCCUGCCCUUCUCAGCCACUCCAGGACACUCCAGACAGUUCUCCAUUUCCUGUUUUCUGAAGCAGAAUAAUCUGUGCCCUAGGCUGCAGCAGCACAGCUCUAAAUGUGUGGCUCAUAGGGUUCCCCAUCUUGCUUUGUGAGUGCUCCCAGCUGUGAAUCUCCUCAGACAGUCACAUCUUGAGGCUUAUAGUUUAGAAGGGAGAAGGAGUGAGAGUAUUGACUUACCUCAACAACACCAUCAGAAAGCAAAGGCAGCUGGCAGCUGCUCCAUACACACUGCUCACCAUCACCGUUUAGAAAGUAGGAACAAGAAUAGUGACUGUCCAGUGGAAAAUCAACAGCAUCAGCCUCCUGCUGCUUCUUGUAUGGAUCCUGUGGACCCUUCACUGGUCAGUGCACAUUUAUCAUCUCGUACUGUAGAUUCCCCUCUUAGGCAGGAAUUACUGGUGUGUCCUGCCUCAAGGAGCUCAAGUGAAAGUGUGAAUGCUUGUUGUAGUUCAGCCCUGACCUUGGGGGAGCUCGAGCCAUCUAGUGUGGAGUCCCUUCAGACUCUUUUGGAGUCCUCACAGAUUUCUGCUAGCUUGUACUGUGCAAUCCAGAGGCUUAAGCAAGAAAGUGCUUUGAUGGGGAUAUGGGGCUCCCUUCCCCUGGAGCCCCGGUCUUCUCCAGUCAGUGACAGUUUGUGCUUUGCUCCUGGUGAUUCAGCUCCUAGUAUCCUGAGUGCAGGAGAACUAGCUGGAGUAAAGACUAGUGCCACUCAGGCAAGAUUAAAAUGGGGUGCCCCAUUUGCUAAAGACUGGAGCCUUAGUGCAGUGACAAGGGACUUCAGUCGUGCAGUACCUGUCUCUGUCUUUCACAGAUAUGAAUGCAUUGACUCAAACACAUGGAGGACCAACAUUUCAGGUGACAUCCAGCCAGAAACCCUCACUUCUGGGGUGGGCUCUGGAGGGCUAGUGGAUACAGCAGCACAUUCCUCCUACAAUUUCUCCCCUUAUUUCAGAUGCCAGUCCCAGGGAAAGCCAACUCUGGAAACUGGUAGUCGUUAUGUUCACACGAAAAGUCAUUCCCCUGAAAAGGUUCUUAAAGGAAAAGAGACAUCUAAUGGGGCGUCCUCAUGUGCUGUAUCUUGGAGGAAAGACCUUCCAGCCAGUCUCUAUCCAGAGGGUCUGCAGGUGUCACUGGAGACGGAUUCGGGGGGAGCUCAGAUGAACGUUGGUGUAGCAAUGUAUGGAACUCCAAGAGAAGUGUGUGUGAGAGUCACUCCUGGAGAGGUUAGACCAGUCCAGCAGCUUGGUACUAAAUCUGCAGAAGUCAACAACUCCGAACCUCAUUUUAAGUCCAGCAAAGAGUCAGAAGAGGUGUGUGACUCUGGAUCACAAGCAGCCAGAAUGGCUGUGGUGAGCAGCAGCCAGUCCAGCCCUUCCGUUACUCAGGUUGAAGGCAGCUUUGGUGAAUAUUCUGACAUAGAUUGUAGGAAUGUGAGCAGAGAAAGGAGAAACAAAUGCUCUCACCAAAGGAGCUGGAGGAAUUGGGAAGCUGAUGCCAAUCUCGACUGGUCUGAAGAACCUUCUGUGGAGAGGAGUGCCAAAGAACCAGAGUGCUGUGAAGAAGGGAGCCAGACACAGGAAGCUGCGUCCAGAGAGAUCUCGGAGAACAGCUUCUGGUCAUUGAAGGUGAAUGAGCAAAGUUUCCAGCACUUAUGUGACAGACAGAUGCUAGCUGGGUGUUUCCAAGCCUGGAGAAGACAUGUCCUCUGGAAAAGGGCUGCAGCCAGGCAGCUUUACAGACAGCAAUUGCUUCGGAAGGGCCUUGGUGCUUUGCAGAGGGCUGUGCACCAGAGGAGGAUGCAGCUAGAGGUGGCCCAGCAGAGACAUGCCUCAGCUCUGCUAGCUGUCAGCUUCCACAGGUGGAAGGAAGCUGUGGCAAAAGAGAGCAAGAAGCAAGCUCCGCAGCCUGAGCUGUAUUCUACCCACAGUUCAUCAGUGGGGGGUUUUGGAGUAGGAAGAUUAGCAACUAUGACAACCUCAGCUCAGCACCAGCUUACAGAAGGAUACUCAAAGGAAGCUGAGCAGGCUUGUAGGGUGGAAGGAAAACUGUGGACACAACUUCAUCAUAGGCAGAGAGGAGAUGAGUUCUGCUUGAGAGCUCAGGCAAUCAGAGAUAUGAGACGACUAGCUGCAGCUUUCAGACUGUGGCGCCUGCAGAAGGAGCUGCUGAGCAAAGAGGAAGCCAGGCUUUUGGAAGCCCGUGCUCUGCUAGAAAAAAAGCAGCUACGAAAUGUCUUCUGGGUGUGGCAUUCCCGAUGCUUGGAAAAGGAACAGAUUUUAGCACUGACAACUCGGAUCCAAAGAAAUUUGGUCUCCUGGUGCUUCUAUGCAUGGAAGGAGACUGUUGAGCAGAAAGCACUUUACAGGUGCAACCUGGCCCAUCUCAGAGCAGUAUCACUGAGGAAAUACUUCCAGCAGUGGGUUCAGAGGCUGCAGGUCAGAGAAGGUGAUAAGCAGGCAAUGGCAAACUUCCUCAUCCUUCAAUGGAGACAGCAUUAUGGACCAGUUAUAAGCUCAGUAGCUGACAAGACUGUGACAAAGAGGGAUGAAGAUCAGCCACUGUGGACUGUAGAGAGAUGGUUUCCAGAGAAAGCAGGCUACUCUCUUGAUGACUUCUGCCAAAAGGUGAAGCUCCAGAGAGUCUAUCUGCUGUGGAAAGCAAGGCUGUGCGAGCAUCACAGAGCCGAUUCUUUCUCUCAGGCUUUGGAGCAAUGUAGACUCCAGAAAGCUCUGAAACUGUGGCACCAAAAGUGUCUCAUGCUGAAGACAAUUGAGCAAAGUCCUAAGCAUUUUCACACGACUGUCUAUGAAGAACCUCUCACUGUGCUGUUUUCUGAAGACCUCUCAACAUCAUCUGGCUUUGACAGCAGUGCUUCAGCUACUCUGGCCUCCCAAAGCUCACUGGAAAAGGAAUACAGCUUUAGUGACAGCAGCCAGCAGGGUUUCUCCUCUGUUCUGACUGCUGAGGAUGUCACACACAUGCCCUAUUACAGUUCUUUUCCGCAACCACACCAGUGUGCAGAGCUGCCAGCUGAACUGGGUGGGGAGCGGUGCUUGCAGGCCUCCUUUCCUCCGUGGAGUACUGGAUCUGGAAGAAAUUGGUUUGCAGGAGGUCAGUUCCAGUCUUUGCCACUGCAGAGUCCAGAUAAUAAUGUCCAGCUUCGAAACAGUCCUACGUGGGAAGAGGACUGCAGUUCUGACAAGGAGGUGAAGAGUUGCUGCCACCAAGCAGAGAGAUGCUUCUUGCAGAGGUACUUCAUUGUCUGGUCAGCUCGGACUCAGCAACUGGUGAAGGCCCAGCAGCACUGCAGGCUCAUUCAGCUGUCUCGAGCCUUUCUCAGCUGGCACCACUGGGCCAUGGAAAAUAAGAAUCGAAAAGCAGCAGCAGCAGCUCUAAAACAUGAAGUUCAUUGCUGCCAGAUGGCUUUCGGCCUCUGGAAGAAGAGACUGGCCCAGAAAGUGGAGGCUGACCGGAGAUUCAGGUGUCACAUUCACCAGAUGACUGCUGAUGCUCUGUGGCGUUGGCGUUCCCGCUGGCAAAGGAAGUGUGCUGUGAGAGAGCUGCAGCAGCAAUGGACUCAGCACAGCUGUCAGGAGAGGAAGAGGUUGGUCCUGCAGACAUGGUAUUGCCAAAUGAGAAAGCAGAAAUAUGCUGCUUUAUUCUGGGAACGUCUUCUCCUGCACAGAUGCCUGUUCGCCUGGGUCCAUGUCACUGCUUGUAGAUUGAGGCAGCACGAAGCCCUCUCUUGUUUUAGAAGGGUCAGAGAGCACCGUGUCCUGGCUGUCAGCUUUACUGAAUGGAGGGUGAAAUUCUUGAGAGCUGAACAGCGAGUGCUGGGACAGAGAAACCACAAGUGGCAGGAACCCUCUCAGGGCAAAGCCUGUCACCGCUGGCGACUAGCCUCGAGAGGACGGCAAGCCCUGCGCCUAGGAUCUGUGGCUACAGUAAAACAAGCCUGCAACUACUGGACAAAAGCAGCUGCCUUUUCCCAGUGCUCACGGCAGUGCAGUACCCUGAUAGGUGCUAGGAAGAGCAGGAAGAUGUCUCUGUCUUGGUCCAUGAAAAGCAGAAGAGACAGGGAAAAGGGUUCAGCACCAGCUGCCCCUCUUGGGCUUUUUCCCAGUGCCAUUCGCCGCUGGCUGGUGAUGUACAGAAACCAGAACAGAGCUGAAAGGCUGCUGGUCCCUCACCUGGUAGAGAGACCUGGCGUGGUAGGACCCUCUCCUACACUUGCAAGGAUCCAGGAGAACAAAGCAGAGGUGGACUUAGAGAAGUGGAAUGAGAAGUGGCUUGGGAGGAAGUAUCUGAGGUGGUGGCAUCACACGAUGGUGCUUCGCCGGUGGCAGCAUGACAGGAGACUGCGCUGUCUGGCAAGGGGAUGGCACCAGUGGAAAGAAGCCAGCAGGGUGGUGGUAUUGGCUCAAGUGUUGGACGAGCAGCGGCUGAUAGAAAAGGUUUGGAGGGUGUGGAGACAACGACAUUUGCAAAGCCGUGUGGUGGAGAACUUCCUGGAGGAGGAAGCCAGGAGCCUACUAUCUCAGGCCUUUGGAAGGUGGCGCCAGCUAACAGCAUUCCAGCUCCAGGACAAAGGAGGCUGCUGAAUAGUGGGGCCUGCCUGCAGCUGCUGCUCACUUGAGGACACGUGGAUGAUACAGCUGGCUGUCACAACAAAGAGCUGCUUCUGCACAAGCAAGAAGCCAACGCUGUGCUCACAGGGUAAAAGCAGCACUGCAGGUCAGAAGCAUGAUAGCCAAAGGACAACCAGGAAGAGAUGGUACCUAUGAAAGGUCCUUUUUAAAGGACUUAAUAUCCUACCUCCCUAGAGGCACAAAUGGAGAAGUUAUUCCCUUUUAUUUUGAGGCUGCAUUCCCUUCUCCUCCGGACCCUGAUUUUGCUGGAGUUGAUUAAACGUCAAAAAACACCUUACAGGCUC